UGACAUUAACGUUUACAUUUCCCUGCGUAAGUAGGAAUUGAGGAACUGUUAAGUUGGAAGAACUGCAGGCAUCAGGGAGUCUUCUCUCUAGAAAAAUUAUAUAUAGUGUUUAUAUUUUAGUGUCAUAAGGCCACUGGAACAUCCUCUUAUGGUGCAAAAGUAGUAGUAUAUAAGUUAACAAUGAUUAAAUUGUUUUCUUUGAAGCAGCAGAAAAAAGAUGGCGAAGCAGCUCCGAAAGCUGGUAAUCAAAAGAAGGCCUCUGCUGCCCAGUUACGAAUCACGAAAGAUAUCAAUGAAUUGAAUUUACCUAAAACGUGUAAUACAGAGUUUCCCGACCCAGAUGAUUUGUUGUCGUUCAAACUUAUAAUAUGUCCUGAUGAGGGCUUUUAUCGAGGAGGGCGCUUUAGUUUUAGUUUUAAAGUUGGUCCAAACUAUCCUCAUGAACCACCGAAGGUUAAAUGCGAGACACCCGUUUACCACCCGAAUAUUGACUUAGAAGGCAAUGUAUGCCUUAAUAUAUUACGCGAGGACUGGAAACCUGUUCUUACCAUUAAUUCAAUUGUGUAUGGAUUGCAGUACUUGUUUUUGGAGCCAAAUCCUGAAGACCCGUUGAAUAAAGAAGCAGCUGAAGUGCUCCAAAAUAACAGACGUCUUUUUGAACAGAAUGUUCAAAAAGCAAUGCGUGGUGGAUAUGUUGGUUCUGUUUACUUUGAAAGGUGUUUAAAGUGAUGAAGUGAAGAGUGGGGCAGUUAAAUCACUUGAGCGAAAGCAGGCCCCCUUACAUGUUCAAUAUGAAGCAAAUGCUGUCUGCUGAAUUGAAUAUGUAUGCAUCAUUUGUGCUUGAUAUGUAACACCUAAAACUGAACUUUAGCAAUGUCAUUUUUUUCUCUCAAGCUGAACCUCAAAGCAUAAUUGGACAUUUUGUCUUAUGUAUAUGAUAUAUUAAAAAGGAGUGUUGAAGGUGGGGUAAUCUUUCGAAACAAUACCUCAGAUUUUUCUUUUGUGUAGAACAUGUCCUCGAUAGCGGUUUUUCACUGGAAGGAACAAUAUAUCGUGGUUGAUUUGCGUCCUUAUAAUAAAAUUAAAAUUUCAAAAUUAAUGCACAAGUUGCAAUUUCUGCUUCAUACGGUUUUUAUUGCAAAAUUGUGCAAUAUUCCCAGCUGCUAUUGUAGACACUGGUCAUCUCUUAUUCUACUUUCAAUAAAUUAUUUAAUUCUUAGGAACAUGUUGACAGAAUAACAUUUUACUAUAGAUUUUUUUCCUCCAAUGUGAAAUCCUCUUACCCUCUUCACACACAAUCCAAUCCCACCAGGUACAGGUUUAAGCCCAAGCUCAGCUAGCCCUAUCAUUUCAUGUAAGCCUAAAGAUAACUGCAGAAAAAGUAGUAAAAUAAUCUGACAUUCAAUAUAGUCAGAUGCAGUCGUAUCUGGUUCCACUGCUUUAAUAACCAUCAUUACAGUGUAUAUAGUAUGAGAACGGAAAUAACAUUCAGUAUGCAUUAUAUAAAAUCCUGCAAUAUUAACUGUGCAAUAAAUAGGUAUUAUACAAACAUGAAACACCAUCUGUUCUGCUUGUGAAAAUUUCCACAACCAUUAAAUUGAACUGCAAAUUUAUUAAUAAACACCGAAUAGGAAAGAAAGCUGAAGUGAGGAUGCAUGUUCCAAAAAAAAAAAAAACCAGAAAAAAAUCCACAUAGCAUUUACAUUACCUUGCACUACAAGACCUGGAAAGGCCUUACGGAAUUAUGAACAAUGCAACUUAUAAUAAGUUUAGGACCUUGCAUCCCAACUUUUUUUUGCUUUUUUUUUCAAACACUUUUUGAUUUUGAAGCAGCACCAUUCACCUUUAUCAUACAUAAUAACUUUAAAAACUUUAUUUCUUAAUUUACCUGUAGCCUAGACUUUAAUAUUAAGUUGGAAUAAAAUCUCCACAGCAGAGCAGUGGAAAGGUUCCAUUCCGAAGGGUGUGUUCACAAGUACUCUCACUGUUCCGACCUACAGUUGUAAUUAACUGUAUUUUAAUUCAGGUCCCCCAUACCCAUGAAACAGCAAACCAACACUUCCAAGGCACAUAUAUUUUUGUAUUCUCCAUCAUAAGAAUUUCCUGAAGCUUGCCAAGAGACUGCCUAGCGUCAUUAAAUUCAUACACCCUCAAUUCUACGGUCUUAUACCAUUGUUUACAUAAACUGAGUACCUGGCCACACCGCAUUUGUACACUUAUAUCGUAUUGGGCUCUGAUAGUGUUAAAAAAUUGGAACUCGAGCCUCCAUAACUCGAAGGGCAGAAGACAGGUUGCAGUACUGCAUCAUAAUAUCUACACUUAUUAAGAAGAGUUCACAUUUGUAAAUCCAACAGUCUGUACACAGAAAAACACUUGAGAAUACAUGCUCCAUCAGGGCUCUUUCAAAUCAGCUUUAGUGAAGUCUCUGAAAAUUCCACACCUAUUUACCCACAAGUGUCUUCUCAAUAAAUAGCUAAUAAAUAAUCUGGCUUGAGAUUAGGACACAACUAUUUUAACACGAGCAAUUUACAACAGACAAAAUUUAAAUACAAUUGAGUAUUCAAUUUAAAAUCAAACGCGUUGAGUGUAUGGUGAAUUUACUAGACUGUACAAUUCCCAAAAAUCACAUUAAAAAGUUGAGCCAUAUAAAUCUGUGCACUGAAAGUAACCAUUUACUAUUAGUAUGUGGAUGUUCUUACUUUUUGAACAAACACACUUCUUCACGACAUGACAAAUUUAUCAUGUACAGGAAAUUAGUAAAAUAGUUAAUCAAUAUGUUGAUAUCAAUGCAACUGUUGCCUUAGAAAUCCUGUGAAAUUUACAUCUGCUGCACUUCAAUUAAUUAAAAAAAUUCCUAGUGCUUGCAAUAUCAGUCUGGAAAAGCUAUGCCUGGAAUCAAUAAUCAAAAGAACAAAACUAACAAAAAGUGCACAAUUAACACAAGUAACAUUUUUCAAAUGUUUCCUUCUUUGUAGUACUUUAAUUAGUUUAGUGGUAUGUCACAACAUGAUUGUUCACACAAGUCCAUUCUUGUUGCCUCU